ACUUCCGCUGGGAAGUUGAAGUCAGUGUGGCGCGGCGGUCCUGCGGUCUUGGUUGCUCGCCGCCACCCGCGCUCCAGGCUUGUGUGACGCGGUCCGAUCUUCCCGAGCCGCGCUCCGAACCCCCUGCGCCUUCAGACACGCCGGAGCCCAGGCCCGGAGGGCCGCCGCGCGAGCCCGGCUGCAGAGGGGACGCCGCGCCCGCGCCGCCGUCCGCCGCAAGGCCCCCAGACUGUCUGCUCCGUUAUACCUGUGUUUCCCCAGAGCAUGGCCACUGCGGUUCCCAUGGAUGUGCCCCAGGAGCAGCGAGUCCUGGAGCCCUGCGUGUGUCAGGUGCCAGUGACCUUUGAGGACGUGGCAGUGUGCUUCUCCAGGGAGGAGUGGGAGUGUCUGGGCCCUGGGCAGAGGGCCUUGUAUUGGGAUGUCAUGCUGGACAACUUCAGGAGCUUGGUUGCUUUGGGAUUUUGCGGCCCCAGACCAGAUCUUGUCUCUCACCUGGAACAGUGGGAUGAGCCGUGGGUUGACAAUUGGAAGAGAUCUGAGUUUCGGGAAGCACGGCGGGGUUCCCACCCAGGGUCAAGGAAGCCUGUUGACCACAAGAGACCCUGUGAUCAGCCAGCCUGGGCUCAUGAGAAAACCCGCCUGCGGGGAAGACUCCAGAAAGGGGCUGGCUUGGGGAAGAGCUUCCUCCCGGGGGCGGGUGAUGUGCGGCUUCCCAGGACUUCUCCAGGGAGGAAAGCUGACAAGCCUGCCACUCUCCACGGCCCCACCUGUGGGAAGGCCUGCGGGCAGUGGCCAGGCCUUGGGGAGCCACACAGGAGCCGCACGGAGGAAUCUGCAUUCAUCUGUGGUACAUGCGGGAAGGCGCUGAGCUGUCACAGCCGGCUGGCUGCUCACCAGACAGUACACACAGGAACCAGGUCCUUUGAGUGCUUCCAGUGUGGCCAGACCUUCCGGUGGUGUUCCAACCUCCUGCGCCACCAGAGGAACCACACAAGUGAGAAGCCCUUCAGCUGCGAGCUGUGUGGACAGGCCUUUAGCUUGAAGGACCGUCUGGCGCAGCAUCGCAAAGUCCACACAGAGCACCGGCCCUAUGUGUGUGGUGACUGCGGGAAGGCCUUCAAACAGAAGUCCAACCUCCUCCGGCACCAGCUGGUGCACACUGGGGAGAGGCCUUUCUUCUGCACCGACUGUGGCAAGGCCUUCCGGACCAAGGAGAACCUUAGCCACCACCAGCGCAUUCACAGUGGGGAGAAGCCGUACACCUGUGCUGAGUGUGGGAAGGCCUUCCGGUGGCCCAAGGGGUUCAGCAUCCACCAGAAGCUGCACCUGACCAAGAGGUCCUAUGAGUGUGACCGCUGUGGGAAGGGCUUCCGCCACCUGGGCUUCUUCACUCGGCAUCAGAGGACUCACCGGCGGGGCCAGGUGUAGAGGCCCUGGCCUGGAUGCUCCACCUUUGCUGGGGAAGACCUGUACUCUUUCAGGCACUCUUGAGCCUGGAAGGAAGCCUUCUUGAUUCUCCAAACAACUGUUUGGGGCUCCACAGAGCCCCCGAGAAGUACCACCAGGAAAUGCCAUUGGAAGAAGGGGCUCCAGAGUACACCACGGAGCACCCCAUAUCCAGACCCUGGAGAGGCACCCACGGCUCUCAGCCUGGGAAUUCAAUCCCUGCCCCCACUGUCACUCAUGUGCACUUUAACCUUUCUCUCCUUUACUAUUUGCUCAACUGUCUUCCAUCUCUGCAAGACAGUUUUACAUUUUAUAGAGAAGCGAAGCCUCUUUUGCAACCUCACCACGUGACGUAGAAAUGAGCACCUUUGUUGCAGUGGGAGACAGUUAAAAGGCCAGACCUGUAUUCAAAGCCAGGGUGUGGUUGGCAGAGCACAUGUGGGGCUGUCUGCCCAGUGGCAGCACAGGACUGGUGGGCCGUCCUGCGUCAGUCAGAGCCACAUCCUCAACUCUUCCCCUUUUGUGGCUUCUUUACUUGGACGUUGGGGUUUGGGCAGAGUAGCACUGUCUUGCUUCUAUUUAUUUGAGUUCAUAGGAUGUGACCAGGAAGGCCAUUCCCAGGGUCACGUGGGGGCCUCUGCCCUGGGCAUGUGAAGGAGAACUGGACAUAUCUCCCCAGCCCUGCAUCCACAUGUUGGGACCACAAGUCACAGAGAUGCUGCCAACCUGGACUGUGCUGCUCAGCUCUGGCCCUUGGCUUUCAGGCUCCUUAAUGACCUGACUGCACUGCCCUGUGUCAUGGGCUUUGGCUGUUGGCAGCUCUGUGCAGGUGCCCAGGAGCUGGCUGUGUUGGGGCUGCCUGCCUGGUGGGCAACAGGAGGUCCCUCUGCCCAUACCCUCUCCGUUGGCCAGUGGCUUGGAGCUGGUCAUGCCCCUGGAGCUGGCAAGUGUGGCUGUUUUAAGAGCAGCAUGUGGUGGCCAUGCUUGCUGCAGACCGUCUUCUCAGUUGGUCCUCAGCUUGGGGUGCCUCUGCUUACUUAGGCAGAAACAGUCUGGGCAGCUCCCUACUGCCAGGGCUGAGUGGGGACCAAGCACUUGUCCCUGCUGUAUCUCAGGUUAUCCUAAUGUCUGAUGAGGGGUUUUGCUUUUUAAGAUUCCAGUUAACAGCCAGGUGCAGUGGUGCACAUCCUAACCUCAGCAACUUGGUGAGUCCGAGUCUGAAAAAAUUAAAAGGCAGGGGGUGCACCUUAAUGGUGGAGCUCUUGUGCCUGAUCCCUGGUACCCUAAAAAAAUUCCCAGGUAACAGUUGCUCCUGGACUUGGAAAUGAGGUCACAGGGAGCAGGGUGAAGAGGACCAGCACAGCCCACCGGGAGGAAGCACGGCACCAGACCCCUGAGGGUUGCUGUCAGAUGGCGCCUUCACCAAGCAGCCAGGGGCACAGCAGCGGUGCGGCUGGAGUGCUGGAACAAAACAGUUAUAAGAAGCUGCUUUUGAGACAAUCGUGGAAUGAACAGGCUGGGCAUUUGGUGGUAUUAAAAGGAAUUUGCUGUGAUGACAUGGUGUGGAGAUGAAUUCUGACACUGGUGGGAGAAAUGACUUGGUGUCAAGGAUUUGCCUUAAAGUUCUAAUAAAGGGGGAAAACCUGGUAAAUGUUGGUGAGUUGAAGCUAGGAGGUGUGUUUGAAAGUUUAAGUUCAUUAAUGCACACUGGAUCUUGUUUUAAACAGCCGUGAACCUGCUGACUCUUUGUACCGUGGGCCAGGAGAAAACAGUGCAGACCACAGAAAAUAAGGGGUGACCCUGCCUGGUGGCCUCCUCCCUGCAGAGUGUGUGCACACAUGGAGAAGGAGCCAGAGACCCAGGUGUCUCCUCACAUAGGCACAACCCCAGUGACCCUGGUGAGGACCACUCAGACAGCCUCAGCUCAACUCAGUUGCCUCCCUCCCAAGACCCUACCUCCUAACAAAGCUGUGGGCCUAGAGCCCCAAGGGGCAAAUGUGGGGGGAGGCACAGCUCAGUGUGCAGAAGGGGUUAGAGCCCACCCCUUGGGGUGUGAGCACAUCCCAAGGGGCACGCUGGUAAAAAAGGCUUUGCCCCUUGAGGGCUGCUAGGCAGGCACCCUGGCUGCUCCCUCCUGAGUUGAAGGCCUUGGGAUGGUGAGUAGGUGAAGGUCUGUUCAGGAGUGGAGAGACUUGUCUGUGGGCAGGCAGUGGACGCUGAGACUGACCCUGAUCCGUGGGUUCCGUUGUCCUAUGGGGCCCGCUGGCUGUGUUCAGGUCACUGCCAGGUGCCAAAGUAGUGUGAUGCAGUUGCGAG